GACCGGAAAGCCUAGGGAGAAGACACUGCGCAGAGCAGCCGUACGCCGCAAAUUAAAAAAAAGAAAAUGGCACAAUACGAACACAGAGAUGCGAACAACGAAUGGCACCCGUUUUCCCACAUGGAAAAUGACAAAAUAGAGCGCGCCUACCGCGCGAACGGGUGUAGGGUUCACCUCACGAUGCCCCUGAACCCGGUUGGAUUCAGAGAAUUUGAAAUACGGUUCGGCGACAGCGCGCGGAGCAAGAAAAUGCCGCGGCCGCCUUCUACCAAGAUCAUUCAGGUCAACGUCGCGAGCGGCGCGACAAGGGUCGUCCGGCGCCUCGGGCCAAUUGACCAGCCGACGACGGCGCCAACAUUACAAUACCAUGGUCCCGCGACAAAAAAAAGGAGCGUCGUGCCAAUUGACCAGCCGACGAUGGGGCCAACAGAUGCAGCUCCCGAUUGGGCUGCUGCAAAAGGUGCAGCACCUGGAGGGCGUGUUGAGACAGAAAAACACUGUGGCAAAUAUACUUGGUGUUACGCGAUCCUCUUCUGCUGCUCGUGUACCCCUUGUUUUAUAUGCGGGCAGUGCCGUUGCGACGAACGCUUAUUAUACAUUGAUCCAAAUGGAAAUCGGUACCAAGGCCCAGACAUCCCCGUCUGCACGGAUUAUUUAUGCAAACCCCGGGACCCUUACUGGGGAUCUGAUCCAGGGGGGGGAGGGGGGUUUUAAGAUUUCAAUGCUCCG